CCGGCACCUGCAGGCCAAGGGCCUUUGGCCUCGCGACCUUCACCAUUGUUGCCCAAUUCUGUACGCGGCCCCAGCAAAGGGAACACGCGUUACCGACCACGGCAAGAUGAUCAAUGCACACAACAGCAGAGCCGAGCACUUCUGGGGAGCCCUGCAGAAGUGCGUGUGCGGUUCCACCCAGCUAUUUGAACCCUCGUGCCCUCCCGCUAUUUUGAUCUUAUCAAUCUCUCCCCUCAUCCAACCUCUGCACUGCUCGCUAGGCGCUGCCCUACACCAUUGGGAUUCAAAAUGGGCUUCACCUUCAAAGGCCUGGCAACCAAUGCGUUGUUGUCUGCCUCUUCUCCCCAAACUAAUCAAAGAGAUGUUGCCGAUGUCCCCGCCUCUGUCCAGGGCCACACCAGCAUGGACGUUGGUCGUCCUGACGAGAAGCUUGGCACGGCCAGAACCCACAGCCCCUUGUCUGACCGAUCUGAUGAGGAGUUGAACAAGGUUGACACCAAUGCCGAGCAUGGUGUGCAGGCUAUGCAAGCCGCUACAAUGGUGUGGACCAAGAAGGAACUGAUUUUAGCAUACAUCUUCAUGUGGCUCAUCAAUUUCUUCAUGGCCUUUGCAUCUGGCGCCGUAUCGACCCUGACCGUCUACGUUACCAGUUCCUUCCAACACCACUCCCUUACUGCUCUGGUGGGUGUUAUCUCCUCCAUCAUCGCUGGUCUCUGGAAGUUGCCCUACGCCAAAAUCAUGAACAUAUGGGGUCGCCCAUGGGCACUCCUGUUCGGUGUCAUGGCAUAUGUCAUCGGCCUCAUUAUGAUGGCGGCUUGCAAGAAUGUCGAAACAUACUGCGCUGCCUCAACCUUCUUCUACCUUGGAUACAACAGUAUCGACUUCUCCAUGACAGUUUUCAUCGCCGAUACUUCUAAGCUCAAGAACCGAGGCUUCUUCAUCGGUUAUGCUGCCUCACCCUGGCUCAUCACAACUUGGAUUUAUGGCCCUGCUGUGGACCGUAUUGUCGCCCCAGGUGGUAUCGGACUCGCGUGGGGUUUUGGAAUCUUCGCCAUCCUCGCUCCCUUUGUCUGUGCACCUCUUGUCAUCAUAUUCUUCGUCAACCAAGCAAAGGCACGCAAACAAGGUCUACUUACGUCCUGCCCAAACAGAGGCAACUUCGUCCAGACUUUGUUCUACUACCUCAAGGAGUUCGAUGUUGUCGGCAUUCUCAUCCUUGCCACUGGUCUAGCUCUGUUUCUCCUCGGCUUCAAUUUGUACUCAUUCCAGAAGCAUCAAUGGAGGUCGCCCAUGAUCAUCUGCUUCCUCGUCUUGGGCGCCAUCCUCAUCGUUCUCUUCGGUGUCUGGGAAAAGUAUCUUGCUCCAAUCACGUUCAUUCCAUGGAGGCUCAUCAAGAAUCGUACCGUCAUCUUCACGUACACACUAGCGUUCAUGAUGUACGUCGGAUGGUACAUCUGGGACUCGUACCUCUACUCGUGCUUGGUUGUACUGUUCAACCAACCAGUUACACCCGCGACAUACAUCAAUAGUACCUAUACCAUGGGUAGCUGUUUCAUCAGCCUUGUAUUCGGUAUUUGCCUGCGGUACUACGGAAAGCUGAAGAUGUACGCACUCUUCUUUGGCGCACCACUCCUGAUCCUUGGAUGUGGCCUCCAGAUCGCCUUCCGCCAACCUGACGUCAACAUCGGGUACAUCGUUAUGUGCCUGGUCUUCAUCGCGUUCGGUGGCGGUGUCCUAGUUGUUUGUGAGCAGACUACGCUUAUGGCGGUCUCCAAGCAGCAGGACUUCCCAGCCCUGCUUGCUGUUGAGUCCAUGAUCAUUUCAAUCGGAAGUGCCGUUGGAUCUACCAUUGCAGGCGCCAUUUGGACUGGUGUUUUCCCUGUCAGACUUGCCAUGUACCUUCCUGCGGAAUCGCAGGCAGACCUCGCCUUGAUCUAUGGUGAUGUCACCGUUCAGUCUAGCUACGCUGUCGGCAGCCCGACUCGUGAUGCUAUCAACAGGAGCUACGCUGAGACACAAAGGUACAUGCUUAUUGGCGGUACAUGCGUCUAUGCCACUCUGCUAUUCAGCAUUGCUAUGUGGCAGAACGUCGAUGUCAAGAAGAUGAAGCAGAGGACCGUUGGAAUGUUGUAGUCUACCUGCGAAUGGUUAUCAGCCCAACUAUUAAGAAAAAGCUCUCACCCCUAUUAUGGUGCUGGGUAUUUUGAUAGAGUAGAAUCUGGAUAAUGAAUGUGUAGCUAGUUUCAGUAGUGUUUGAAAGUCAUUAAAAUAUUAUGAUUAAAUUUCAUCUUCUCCCCCAUCAACCGCAGUUGGUUGUGAUGAAAUAGCUC